AUGCACCCCCUCCAGGGGCUUGUUGGGGGUUCAACCAUUCUGAAGUCCAAGACCAUAACAACUUCGACAUGGCUUGAGCAACGCGGUCGAAUGCGCUCUCGACUGUUAUUUGCUGGGCCAAGGAACUGGGCUCAGAAAUAUGUUGGAAAACCGCGGCAAGAAUAUCUUGUAACCAAGGUUGCAAAAAGGGGUUCGUGGGGCCUGGCAGCCAAACAAGGUUGGAAAUCGUAA